GUAUCACAAGUUUUCCUUAUAACAAGGAAAUUAUGAUCAGAUUAGAAUGAUAUUGAUGGAUAUGUAUACAUAAUUAGCUUUAAAAGCAUAGAAAAUUAAAAGAUUGUUCAAUUAUCUAAAUGCAUAUUAUUACAACCAACUGUUUCAUUGUAUAGAACAUGCCUUUUCAGUACCACACUUAUCUCAUGUUUCAUCCAAUCACUUCUUUCAAUAAACUUCAAAACAAUUCCUUCAAAGCUGUACGUCACAGAAACUAUGCGAAAGAAGGGUAGCACCAAUCAAAUUAUCAAUCCAGCUGUUAACAAUGAUAUGCCAUGCAUAAUUGAAAAUGAUUUGUGUUUUUGUACAACAACUAGAAAUACUUAUAGAACGAUAAAUGGUCACAAUUAUUAUCACCGUCAUCAUUACUUUGGUGACGAUGAUGAUGUCAGUGAAGGAAAUCGAACUAACAGAACUGAUGUUGAAUACACUUCCAAUGCUAUGUCGAACUUUCUAUCCAUUUGCUGUCAACCAAAAGUAGUUAGAUUACAUUUCUAUGGAUCAGGUAUCAAGUUUAUAAAACCAGAAAUAUUCACACAGUUUGCAUGCCAUGAAGUGGUUGAACUGACAUUAGAAUCAACAAUGAUCAGUAUGUCAUCAGUAUCAUCCUCUAUAACAUCAUUAUUGACAUCACCAAAACAGUAUCCACCGAAACACUGACCAAUCCAAACUAUUUUAUAGGCCUACCGAAUUUGAUCAGAUUGCGUUUGAUAAACAAUCCACGCAUCCAACUGUAUGCAUCAGGGAUUUUUACUGGUAUAAGUAGUAACCUACAAGAGUUGUAUUUAACAGGUAAUCCAGUGAAACAAAUCUCUGUUGAAGAUUUUAACAAAUUUACAGCUUAUGAAAAUCGUCUUACCAGUUUAGAUUUAAGUUAUAAUCAGAUUGCAAUUAUUGAACCAAAGUGUUUUUCAGGAACACUCAAAGAUGGAGGGAUGUAUCAUUUAAGAAGGUUGAAUUUAGCGCAUAAUCAUCUUUCAAUUAUAAAAGUUAAUAUGUUCUCUGGUCUUUCAUAUUUAGAAGAAUUAAAUUUAGCUGAAAAUCCAAUUAUGCAUAUUGAAGAGGAAAGUUUUCGAAAUUUAAUUAGCUUGCGUAAACUAGUUAUUGAAGGCACUGUAAAAAUGGUUUAUAAUAAAACAAUUGAAACAUUCACACGUGAGAUGUUCAAAGACUUGAAAGACUUACAAGAUUUAACAUUAGUUGGAUUACAACUGCAGUCAUUGAAUACGGACACAUUUACAGACUUAUAUCAGCUGAGAAGACUGAACCUGGCAAGAAAUAGAUUUACCAAAGUGCCAGUGAUUCACAAUCAUGAUCAUGAAGAUGAGACAAAUUUCUCAAUGGAUGUUGUUUCUCCUCAAACAGCAUUAAUAUUCCCCAUUACAAUUAAAACUAAAUUAAUAUAUCUGAAUUUGUCACAUAAUCAGAUAACCUGCUUACAGCCUAGUGCUUUCCAAUACUUAUACAAGCUUAAACAUUUAAUAAUGAAUUUUAACAGGAUAAAUAUUAUAACACGUGAUGCAUUCAUUGGAUUACAUUCCCUACAGAUAUUAGAACUUCAAGGAAACCCACUGACAUUCAUACAACCUUAUGCUUUUAUACCGGUUAAAAUAAGUCUGAAAUCAUUGUUUCUUAGUGAUAUAAUAAGUGAAGAGCACGGGAAUGUCAUAAAAUACCUUAAUCGAACUUCGUUUGCACUACUCACAACGGCGACAAAAAUUAUUGGUUUAGAAAAAUGGAAUAUUUUCACAGGAUGUAACCAAACUAUUGAUAUCAUGUUAAGUAGUAACAAGCAUUAUACCAAAGAUAUUGGUAAAGAUAUAAAAUGUGAAGCAGAUGUUGAACUAAUCACUAAGAUGCUUAUUGAUCCUAAAAUAACAGAAGUAGCAAGCAGUAGUGUGAAUGCUGAAAGGGAACACGAAGAGAGUGAGCUGUCGUUUACACAAAUUAAUGAUAGUGUUAUUCAUGACAACCUUAACGAAAGUCAAAAUAUCGUAAUUAUAAUUUUUGGUUCAGGUAUGAGUUUAAUCAUUAUCCUACUGAUAUUGUUGAUGCUUUAUCGACUGUAUGCAUACAAGUUAAAAUCAAAGGAUACAAAACACACAUCAUCCACAUAUUUAAAGUCAAAGGAAAAGACAUUUUGUUUAGAAAAGGGAGCUCAGGCAUGACAACUUCAGUAAACAGUAGAUAUACUCAAAGUCACGAGAAGAUAAUUAAGAGCGAAAAUAUGAAUAAUGUUGGAUGUGAUGACUUCAGCCACCAUAUGGGAACUCUAACAAACCUUCACAUACAGAAUCAGUUGUUCGAACCGAUAACCAGCUCAUUCAAAUUAGGCUCAUUUAUAUCAAAUUCAACACAGAGUGUACCCUACAAUAAUAAUUAUCUAAAUUAUAAUUGGUCCAUGAUAAAUCCAUUUCAAAGUGUUAAUAUCCUCAUGAAUACAAUAAACCAGAAUGAAAAUCAUGUAAACUAUACACAUCGACAGGGAGAACAAUGUUCACAAAAGCGGCAACAACGAAAACAAUACGAUGGUGUAGUCAUGAACUUAACUGGAUCACCGCAAACAACCUACUUGAGUGAUGAUUCUUAUAAUUUAAUCAGUGUGAAUAAUAACACUAAUAAUGAUGAAAAAGAAAUCGCACAAUCAGGCAGUUCACUCCGAUUACAAAAAAUGUACACUAUCAAAAGUAACAGUCAGAAAUCAGAGAUCAUCUAUCCUCAUACGAUAUACAAAAAUUCCAUGUUACGUCCACUGAAUCAAUCCUGCAAUGAAAAUGUUUAUGGUGAUGAGAAUGAGGAUGAAGAUGGGAAACCAUUUAUCAAAGAACUGGGUAUUAUAUAAAAACAGGCUGUUAUUUUUUGAACACUUCUGUAAAUAAUUUAUAUCUGAAGUUCAACUCAUGUA